AAUGUAUAAAUAUUAAUAGCCGCUAAUAAAUAAUAAAAAAUAAAAUGAAUCUUAUUCCAUUGCAUCUAAAAUCGAUUCACCGAAGUAAAGGAUCUAGGAUCGCAUCGUACAUCCCUAGUCUACACAGAAAUUUGACAGUUGUUUGACAGAUUAAUUAUAGGUUUGUUGAUAUUAUUAGAAAAUCGAAAAAAUAGAACUUUAAUAUUAUAUAAAAAAUGGAAAAAAGAUAUGGUACAUGUCGUUUCUGUAUAGAAAAAGGCGAGCAUCAAGAUCUAUUUACAGAAUAUACGUGGAAUGGUAACAAAGAAAUUUACAUGGAUUUAAUAAUGAAUUGUUUCAACAUUUACUUAUCAACCAAUACUGCAUUGAGUCCUCUGAUCUGUUCCUCAUGUGUACAGCAGCUAAGAAAUGCUAAUAAUUUUCGUAUAACGAUUGUAAAGUCGGAACAACAACUUUUAAAUGCAAUCACUGAGAAAGAAACUGUUUUUAUAAAUGUUCCAGCAAACUCUCAUGAAUUGGAAGAUGUUGAAGAGAUAAAAACUGAGGAUGUGAUUGAUGUGAAAGUGGAGAAGGUGGGCGAUGACUCAAUGGAUUUUGAUUCUGAAUAUUUCGUAGACAACAUCGAAGAUGUUUGCGGUGAUAUAGAUAAAGAUAUAUCAACUAAAGAUGUACCAGAGGAACCUUUAGAUCCUGAAGCAGCUUUACUGGCAAGAUUCCCGAGACAUAGUCUAAAACUACCGACAAGAGAAUCACUGAAAACUGCCUGCCCUGCAUUCUUUAAACAUCUUGAAAUGUUGAAAGAUAAAAUAGUGUUACCGAGAAUGAUAGCUAAAUUGCUAGACUCAGAUCCAUCACAGAUAAAGAAAAGAAAACUUUAUAUAUCAGAGAAAAUGGGUCAUGUGUUAAACGCAUCAAUUUUAUUAGAAAAUAGUAAUGCAACACCGUUCAAAAACAGAAAUUGUACCGGAUACCCAUGUUAUUAUUGUCGUAAACUAUGUGAUAGUUUGGAUAAAUUACGUGAACAUUUAACACAACAUAAGAAGAAAGAUAUAAAAAAGAUAUUAUCAACAUACGGUGCUGAAUAUUUCGUUGUUUACGUUGAUGUGACUAACUUAAAGUGUACUAUAUGUGAUGAGAAAGUGUCAAAUUUAAAUGAUUUAAAAUCACAUUUGAUUAAAGUUCAUAAGAAAAAUUAUCACAACGAAUAUACGGACCGUGUUAUACCGUUCAAAUUAACACAAACUAAUAUAUUUGAAUGUCAAGUUUGCGGAUUCAAUUUUGAAACUUUCGGUUCAAUAGAGCGUCAUAUGAAUGUGCAUUACAGGAAUUAUGUGUGCGAAGAGUGUGGUUCAGGAUUUAUAACUAAAUAUAGAUUACGUGUACAUACAAAAUCUUUACACGAAGCUGGUAAUUACCCUUGUGAAAUAUGUAAAAAGGUUUACACGACAGCACAGAAACAGAAAAACCAUGUCGCAGCUGUACAUAUGAAUUUAAAAAGAUUCAAAUGUCCAAAAUGUCCGGAAAGAUUCUCUGAAUACUUUAAAAGGCAUAAACAUUUAGUAGAAACACACGGGAUGACACCUUUGAAAUAUAAAUGCAAUGUAUGUGAUAAAUCUUUCGAUAGAAGAUAUUCUUUGUCACGACAUUUGAAGAGGGAUCAUUUAGAGGAGCGGGAUUUUCAUUGUGAUUUAUGUUCAUAUUCAUGUUUUACGAAUAACGAAUUAAGAGUUCACAUGAUUAAACAUAACGGAGAAAGAAUAUAUGAAUGUACAGUUUGUAAAAAGUCUUAUGCGAGGAAAAAGACAUUAAAAGAACAUAUGAGGAUACAUAAUAAUGAUAGAAGAUUUGCUUGUGCUGUUUGCGGACAGGCUUUUGUACAAAAGUGCAGUUUAAAAGGUCAUAUAAAGACACACCAUUUAGAUUAUAAUAUAUAA